GACAGUGCGGAUAUCACAUGACGCGGUGGGUGCGCUGUUUUCCAAACAGACUCUAGUCGGCUUGCCAUCUGGGUGUUUUGGUGUCCCGGGCGUCGCUGACACACAUGGUCCUGCUCCGGCAAUUCACCUUGGCCAUCAGCGCCGCGGUGGCAGCCCUGGGCUCCCUGCUGUUCAUCGGCUGGAACUACUUCUACAGGAGGCGGUUACCGGUAUGCGAGUCGGGGCCCCGCCGCCCUGCAGCCAGACAGGUGUGUCGGGAGAGGCAGGUGCUGGUGCUGGGGCUGGAUGGAGCUGGGAAGAGCAGUGUGCUGCGGUGCCUCUCUGGAGCAGGGGUGAGCCGAGGCUCUGGACCCACCUGGGGCUUCAAUACGGUCUGUGUCAACAUCCCGGGCUGCCAGCUGCACUUCCUGGAAAUCGGUGGCAGUGUGAACCUGCGCACGUACUGGACACAGUACCUACAGAGCGCGCACGUCCUGGUCUACGUGGUGGACUCCGCUGAUAAAGAGCGCCUCCCUCUGGCCAAGGCGGAACUGCACCGACUCAUGGCAGCGGACUCACAGCUGCCCCUGGUAGUGCUGGGGAACAAGCAGGAUAGACGUGCAGCCCUCCGUGCCCCUGAGCUGCAGGAAGCCUUGUCCCUGGACGCUGUGGGGGAUGAGAGGAAGUGCUUCCUGCUGGCUGUGCAGCUGGAUUGGGACGGUGUGGAGCUCCCUCACAGCCUGAGGGAGCUGCAGGAGCUGCUGCUGCAGCUGCUCUCCCUGCGCUGAGGUCAGCAGGCAGGGGGAGAAGGAGUUUUCAGAGCCGUUCCAUAAAUAACUUGAAGCAUCAAGUCACCGGACGUUUUUAAACUGGACUUGCAACGCCACCCAUCUGUGUACGUUGGAGUUAUGAAACUAGUUCAGAACACAGCUUGUUAUGUGCAAUGCUUUGUAGAACCACCAGAGGGAGCUAGAGUGCCUCAAGGAGACUUGAGCGGAGCUUCAGAACAGCCACACUUGCACAAAGCCGCCUGUGUUUAAGCUGAAGAAACACAUUCAAAAUGGUUAUCAAGGAUUGCAAGGUUUUUUUUUUUAAUUAUUUUGCACGUUUCAAAGUGAAUAUGUAAUUCGUUUUAGACACUAUGUUUAAACAGGUGUUUUAGACCCUCACAGGGACCCCAUGGUGAAUGUGUGAAGUGUGUUUUCAAUGUAUUAUUCAAACUCGUGCCCAUUGCUGGAUCCGCGUUAACAAACCAUUCAGCUGCACUGAUAUCUGCUUGGAACGCAGUCCUUAAAAUACAAUUCUGGGAAAUGGAUCGGCAUUACAGAAUGGUGUCUUUGUGAGACGCAUGGGCUGCACACAAACCUGAUUAAACACAACUAGAAACUUUAACUGAGCAGAGAGCGACCAUCAUGAAAGAUCUGAAAAAUGUAAGAUAUUACUCUGAAUUAACAGAGGGGCAGGGACAGGGAACUGCACAUCAUUACUGAACUAGAUACACACCAAAUGACUUCCACAAAGAAACAAAUCAUCUACAUUCCUCUCGUCGCACUCUCAAGUUACUUUACUUUUCAACUUUGACCCUUGAACACGUUGUACCAGUCUGUCCCGGUUCCAUUGAACACGUUGUACCAGUCUGUCCCGGUUCCAUUGAACACGUUGUACCAGUCUGUCUCGGUUCCAUUGAACACGUUGUACCAGUCUGUCCCGGUUCCAUUGAACACGUUGUACCAGUCUGUCUCGGUUCCAUUGAACACGUUGUACCAGUCUGUCUCACUUCCAUUGAACACGUUGUACCAGUCUGUCCCGGUUCCAUUGAACACGUUGUACCAGUCUGUCCCGGUUCCAUUGAACACGUUGUACCAAUCUGUCCCGGUUCCAUUGAACAUGUUGUACCAAUCUGUCUUGGUUCCAUUGAACACGUUGUACCAGUCUGUCUCAGUUGUUCCAUUGAACAUUCCUUUUUCCCCAGUCCCUGUCCGAAGUCUUCCGCGUUGGAAGCUAAUUCAUGUGUUGGUUGUUUUUGUCUGCUAUGUAUACUCCCUAUUAUUAACAAAGACCAAAUGCCUAAAAUCUUAUUUUUGAUCUUACUACAUGUUGAUGUUGCCUUAACGCUGUGUGAACAUUUUGGGGCCUCCUCAGAGUUGCAUGCAGGGCAGUCUUAAAACGCACAGCCAGGGCUGUCACUGUACUUUGUAACGACCAACAGACCUGCCAAAGUCUUUCUGAUUGAAUCCAAGCCACGGUCUGUUUCAGAUGCAGACCAGGCAUAGUUCAAUGUGUAACCGAAUCCAGGACAUUAGGUUGCACUUUUUUUUAACACGAAUGCUCUCUAUUGUUUUUUGAGUAUUUGUUUAAGUAGUCAUGGAGGGCAUUUUUACGUGAAUCACUGUAUUUCAAUCAGAACUGCACUUUUCAAACGGUGUUACUUCAUGAUUUCAGAACUCGAUCCUACAUUAUCAUGUUCCAGUAAAGCACUGCUUUGUUCAAAUUGUUAUUUUUAUUGCCAUUAUUCUAUUUGUUGUUUAAAUGUCACAAUAGGAAACCUCUGCUACCUCAAACUUGGUGAUGUACUACUGAUAAAAAAAAAAGAAGUUUACACUGCUGUACGAUUAACAGAAAUUAAAAUGAAUUCUUGAA